UUAAAGCCAUUUAUUCUUCCAUUUUUUUUUAGGUUUCUCUUAAACGUACAUGACUUUCUUUUCUGUACAGUCACAUUCACUCUAGGAUUAUCCCCACUUCCACUUUCUCUCUCCCCAAACACUGUUUUCUCAGCAUUUUCCCAUCUGCUAUCCUUCCAUUUCUGAUUAUUGAGAGAUAGACAGUCAAAGGAAUAGGGUUUGCCUUUGCAUGGCGGAUAGCACAAAGUACAUGUCCAUCAAUGGAGGAACAACUAUAACAGCAGAAUUUAAGAAUCUGCUUUCAAUAAUCAAAACAAGAAGAACAGUGGCUUUCUUCAUGUUUGGCUUUGUUGGAUUCACUGUUUUUUUAGCUUUUAUCCCUUCUUCAAACUCUUCCUCUCCUUGGGCCACCAACAUCUUUUCAGCAAGUUCCACCACUUCUGCUACUACAUCUGCUGACACUUACAGAUCUCAAUUCUCUUCCGUCUUUAAUUACUUCUUUUCCAACACUUCUUCUUCUUCUGCUUCACAACAACAACAACAGCAAGGCCCUCGAUCAGCCAACCAAAGAGAGGAGCUAGUUUCUGAAAAAAACACCAACAAAACCCAAUCUUUCAACAAAAAUAAAGAACUUUCCAGUUCAAAAAAUACAACUUUUCGGUCCCCCAACACAGGUAUAAACAACAACCAAAGUUCGGUUUUGCAUGCAAAUCAGACGGCAGUUUCUCGUCCCAGUGUGGAUAAAAAUCGGCCUAGUACAAGCACCCAGGGCGAAAAGAAAGAGAAUUCUGAUAAAGCUCAAGUUUUGAAGGCUAAUCAGACUGCAAUUAUAACUGAUAAAGCUCCCGUGAUAGCUAAUCAGAGCACAAAUUCGCCAGGUAAGUCUGAUUCUUCCAACAAGGUAAGUUCUGGGAAGGAAGAGAAAAGUGUAGCCCCAAAAGGAGUGGCAUCAAACCACACUGCUUCCCUGACGAAGAAACAGGGGAACGGGAAAAACAAGGGCAACGGGAGUGGUUCAGGGGUAUCAGUUAAACAGAGGAUUGAGAAUUUGGUUGAGUCUUUGAUAAAUUGCGAUUUGUUUGAUGGAGGAUGGGUGAAGGAUAAUUCGUAUCCGCUUUAUAAGCCGGGGUCUUGUUCGUUUAUUGAUCAGCAGUUUAGUUGUAUUACCAAUGGAAGGCCUGAUAAAGAUUAUCAGAAAUUGAAAUGGAAGCCUAAAGGCUGCACCUUGCCAAGAUUGAAUGGUGGUCACAUGUUGGAGUUGUUGAGGGGAAAGCGGCUUGUUUUUGUGGGCGACUCCUUAAACAGGAAUAUGUGGGAAUCUCUAGUUUGCAUCCUGAGAGGUGCUGCAAAAAAUCCAAAAAAUGUAUAUGAAGCCCAUGGAAGACACUAUUUUCGAGGGGAAGCUUCCUACUCUUUCAUAUUCAAAGAUUAUAACUGCACUUUAGAGUUCUUCGUAUCUCCGUUCUUGGUCCGAGAAUGGAAAAUGCCGGACAAAAAUGGAGCGAAGAAGGAGACACUUCGGCUUGAUCUUGUUGGAAAAUCAUCUGAUCUAUAUAAAUCAGCAGAUAUCCUCAUCUUCAACACGGGGCAUUGGUGGACUCAUGAGAAAACUUCCAAAGGGAUGGAUUAUUACCAAGAAGGUAGUCAUGUUUACUAUGAACUGCAUGUUCUUGAGGCCUUUCGAAAAGCCUUGACGACAUGGGCUAGAUGGGUUGAUGCCAAUGUAAAUCCUAUGAAAUCUAUGGUGUUCUUCAGGGGUUAUUCUGCUACCCAUUUCAGUGGUGGGCAGUGGAAUUCAGGCGGAGCAUGUGAUAGCCAAACUGAGCCGAUCAGGAAUGAGACAUAUCUGACGCCAUAUCCACCAAAGAUGUUGGUGUUAGAAUCAGUGCUUAAGGGGAUGAAAACGCAUGUCACCUACCUAAAUAUUACCAGAUUGACUGAUUUCCGAAAGGAUGGUCACCCAUCAAUCUACCGGAAGCACCAGAAGCAACAUAUGUCGGAGGAGGAAAGAAGAGAACCUUUAAAAUACCAGGACUGCAGCCAUUGGUGCCUUCCUGGUGUGCCCGAUUCGUGGAACGAGCUUUUGUAUGCUGAGCUCCUUGUAAAAGAAACCAAGAUGCGGCAACAUCGAAAGAGAGCUAGGUAAAAUAAAUCAAUCCAAACAUAGAUUUGUUGGGGUCGAAUCACAUAUAGGCAGUACAGAUUUUACUUACAAUUUGAAAUUGUAGAAACAAAACAAAGAAAAAAAGAUAAGAUAAAUUAGUGUUUCUACUUGUACAAAUUAUGGAGUAAGAUCAUAGAAAAGUUAAGCUGAGAAUUCUUGGAGAGAUCACUCUAUACAUGUGCUGUAAUAUUUUUUUCUGUCUGUGUAUUUUUGUCCAUAUUUGCAUAUUUAUGU